UUUUUAUUGAGUAAGUUUGACAACCUGAGUUCAAUAAAGUAUUUCCAAUAUCAUAUUAAUUAUAUGUUUAAAAAAUUUAUCGUGUAUAUUCAAUUAAAAAGUUUGUAAUGAGUGAAGAAACAGACCAAAUUCAUGAAGUGGGCGAUUCCCUACAAUCUAUGAACAUCACUCAGGAUACAUCAACAGAGAAACACAAAGUAGAUAUCUUACUAAAACCGACUGGUAAUGCUCCUAUAAUGAAAAAGAAAAAGUGGACGGUAGAUAGUGAUAAGAAAAUUGGAUGGAUCAUCGAAUUUAUUAGAAAAUAUUUAAAACUAGAACCCAAUGAAAAGCUAUUUUUAUACGUUAAUCAAACUUUUGCACCCUCACCGGAUCAAGUCGUGAAGAAUUUAUUUGAUUGCUAUAGCACGGAUGGUAAACUAGUACUUCAUUACUGCAAAACUCAGGCUUGGGGUUAAUACUUCGAACGAAAAUUGUACGUGAACUUUUCAGUGUAAAAGAUAAAUAAGUUUAAAAGCAUUAUGUAUUGUUUAUCAGAAAUGUGUGAUAUUUGCUUUUAAGAAUAUUAUAUGUUUAAUUAUUUGGUAAAUGUAAGGAACCAUCUCGUAAUUUACGGUUAUAUUUCUUUAUUAGCAAUGGAAUGGCUUCUACAAAGGUUUGUUUUCUUUUUUUUAAUAUUUUAUUUUACACAUUAACUUUAAAUUUGAAUAAAACAUCGACAUAUAUGUAUAUAA